CUUCCUCCAUUUUGGCCCUUUUCUGUAACAAAAUCCUUUAUCCAUUGAUUUAUCAGUUAAUUAAUAAUUGGGUUAAGCCAUAUCCACUAGUAUUAAGUGUUGAAGAGACCCUGUUACACUUCAUAAUCAGAAAGAGCUUCAAGAAAACCUCUAAACCCCAACCCCCCCGGCUCGGUCCCCUCAUCAAGCUCCUUCAUCACCAUCCAUGGCACAAAACCAAAAUCAGCUGUCUUCCCCCUUCCUCUUCCCGAGGACCAAUUCCUCAGUCCUCCCUGACCCUUCCCUCUUCUUUUCUCCUGACCUCCUCUCAACCCCACUUCCCACAAAUUCUUUCUUCCAAAACUUUGUUCUUCAAAAUGGCGAUCAGCCUGAGUUUAUCCACCCCUAUCUCAUCAAGUCUUCUUCCUCGUCCCUAUCCCUCACGUACGCAUCUCAUUUCUCCAACUCUGUUUUCACCCACCAAAUCUUCAAUGCUGAUCUCACCAUCUCUGCCUCGGACAAAACCCACGCUGAUUCACAGAGGCGCCACAUUGUGUCUUCCUUCAGUGAUCUCAGUGUCACUCUAGACCUCCCUUCUUCCAAUCUCCGCUUCUUCCUCGUCCGGGGAAGCCCCUUUCUCACCUGCGCUGUCUCCGCCCACACCGCCCUUUCCAUCACUGAAUCAUCCGGUGGUAUAUGGACACCAUCCUCUUAUUAUUACGGGAAAUUGAUUGCCAGGGGAGCGAGAUUGGCACUGAUUGCAGAGGAGGUGAGUUUCCUUGAUGUGAUACCGGCAAUUAGGAAUUUCUUGAAGAAUACGAUUACCCCCUGGUUGGAUGGUAGUUUUGGUGGGAAUGGUUUCUUGUAUGAUGGAAUGUGGGGUGGACUUGUUACUAAACAAGGAUCAACGGAAUCGGGGGCAGAUUUUGGUUUUGGAGUGUACAACGAUCACCAUUUCCAUCUGGGUUAUUUUCUUUAUGCAAUUGCAGUGCUGGCCAAGAUUGACCCUGCAUGGGGGAGGAAGUAUAGACCUCAAGCUUAUUCCCUAAUGGCGGAUGUCAUGAACUUAGGGAGGAAUUCGAAUUCCAACUAUACUCGUUUGAGGUGUUUUGAUUUAUGGAAAUUGCAUUCUUGGGCAAGUGGGGUGACUGAAUCUUCAGGCGGGAGGAACCAGGAGAGCACUAGUGAAGCUGUGAAUACCUACUAUUCUGCAGCAUUGAUGGGAUUAGCCUAUGGAGAUGCCCCUCUUGUAGCCACUGGGUCAACGCUUGCAGCAAUGGAGAUAGAGGCAGCUCAAACAUGGUGGCAUGUGAGAGAAGGGGAUAAAAUGUAUGCAGAAGAUUUCACAAGGGAGAACAGGGUGGUGGGUAUUCUGUGGGCUAACAAGAGGGACGGUGGACUUUGGUUUGCUCCUCCUGAGUGGAGAGAGUGCAGGCUUGGAAUUCAGGUGUUACCUGUAUUGCCCAUCACCGAGGUUCUGUUCUCCGAUGUGGGGUUUGUGAGAGAGCUGGUGAAAUGGACAUUGCCAGCUUUGGGACGGGAGGGAGUUGGAGAAGGGUGGAAGGGGUUUCUAUAUGCCAUGGAAGGGAUUUAUGACAAAGAAGUGGCAUUGGAGAAGAUCGGGAAACUGAGUGGUUAUGAUGAUGGAAACUCACUUACGAACCUUUUGUGGUGGAUUCACAGCAGAGGAGAUGAAGGGGAAGGGGGACUUGAAGGAGGAAAAUUAUCCUGGUUUGGCCAGUAUUAUCAGUGAAAUUCUUUGCCUUACAUUCGGGAUGUAGUCGAAUAAAUUAUGCCCGAAGAUUGGAUGAAUCUUUCCUUUGGGCAGCCAUGACUGGAUUGAUUUAUGCAUAUUGCCCUGUCUUCUCAAUUUCUUAGCUGAAACUGAAGAACAACUAUUCCA